UGUUUGUACUUAAACUUUUCCGGGUUGAAAUCGCUCGUACCGUUUUGUACCGAAACAAGAACUCUCUUUCGGUCCCAUAUUCUUAAAUGUAAUGAUUAAAAAUUAAUCGGUUUGAUUUCAUCAUGGCGGGUUUACCACCGGGUGAUCCGCAACUCGUGUCAAUGAUCGUCAAUCACUUAAAAACACGAGGACUCUUUGACCAGUUCAGGAGGGACUGCCUCGCAGACGUCGACACGAAGCCAGCUUAUCUGAACUUGAAACAACGAGUGGACAACUUUGUCUCCAACCACCUCUCCAACCACACUUGGAGCCCCCAGUUGAACAAAAAUCAGUUGCGAAACAACAUCAGGCAGCUUGUGUUGCAAUCUGGCAUGCUGGAACAAGGAGUAGACAGAAUCGUGGCCCAGGUGGUGGAUCCCAAAGUCAACCACAUCUUCAGGCCACAGGUAGAGAAAGUGGUCAACCAAUUUAUGUCGCCUGGUACCAGCACUGAGGAGGAGCUGCCAGUGCCGAUGCCCUCGACAGAGAUCAAAGUGGACGCCAUCAUCCCGCAGCAGGUUUCAACAUCUAUGCCGACACCCACUGCUGCCACAGACGCCUUGUCCAUCCUGGACGCCAUCACUUCUCUCAACCAGGAGGCCAACAUCAGGUCCACCGAGAAGGACGGUAAAGCCCACGAUGAGCCCGUUGAGGACGGCGAGCAGGACAUGAGUCUGGAUGAGGAGGAAGACAUAAAGACUGAGCAGGUAGAGGCAGACGAGGCAAAGCUGGUGGCGGAGCUCCAGGAAUUAGAGGUAAAGACCGACGACCCUCCGGACCAGAUGGACAUCGGGAAGGAAAUCUCCACAGAGGAGGUAAAGAUGGAGGAGGAAGAGCUGCGAGCUGAAGACCAGGCUGAAGAGAAACCAAAAGCGGGUGGUAAAACAACUGAAAAACUUUCAGAGGACAAACAGGAAGAAGAUAGCUACCAGGCCAAGCAGAAAGCCAAAGAGAGGAUAAAGGAAGAGUAUUCUUUGGAGGACUCUGACUUGGACGGCUUGAGUGACAUCACUGUGAGUUCUGUGCACACCAGCGACCUGUCAUCAUUUGAAGGGGAGAGCGACGAUGAGCAGCCAUUAUCCGAUUCCUCUGAGGAGGACGAGCAUGCACCCGAUGGUGUGAACUCAGACAAGAAAGAAGCCGGCGAGGAGACUGGAGAGGAAGGCAAAGAGAGUAAACCUCGCCGCAAGGCCUAUGUGCACAAGCCGUUCCUUUAUUCCCGUUACUAUAGCGACUCAGAUGACGAAAUCACUGUCGAAGAACGGCGAAGAUCUGUGGCCAAGGACAAAGAGGAACGUCUGCUCAAAAGGCAGCAAAAUCGAGAGCGAAUGGAAGAGAAACGCAAGCAGAAAGCAGCACAGUCUGAAGAACAAGAUCAGAAAAAACAGAAGAGCAGCCUGCCUGAUGGGCUUGAGACGCCCAGAGCCAAAGAAGCCCGUAAAGAGCGGAAAGUUCUGGAGAAAAAGGUUGCUCUCAGCAGAAAGAGGAAGCUCGACUCGAGGAGAGAAGGAGACACAACCAGUAAGAAAAAAGGAGAAGCAGUGGAAACAUCUAAUAAGCCAGAAGCAAAAUCAACACUAUUGCGCAGCCUACAACAGAAACCGGUAAGAAAUUUAUCCGAGCCUUUGGCCCUUGAAGAGAGUUACCGAAGGCUAAGCGGGAGCGGCAGCAUCUUGGAGGAUUCCGGAGAUGCCAAGACGCUCCCUGACAAAACUCGCACGCACUCCUUCAUCCUGGACUUGGAGCUGGGCUCGCAGGAGGCGCUCAGGCAGCGCUCCGUCGGAAAGUUUGACCGCCCGUCCCGCAAGGAGCGCAAAGAGAGGGCAAGAGAGGCCUUGUCGGAGGAGCACCUCAAGAUCAAACAGAAGCAGGAGAAGAAAUGUGAACCCCAGGCCAAUGACCACCAGCAAAAGGAUAGCAUUUCUGCCAAGACGUCCUCCGAUGAGAGAGGUGAGAAGAAGCCGAAAGGGAAAAAUGAGAAGAAAAUGACUGGUGCGAAGGAACAGAAAACGUCUGCCGGUGAGGCUGACGAGGCUUCAGCCAAGAGGAUGCGGGCCCAGUCUGUUGAGAAAGACAAGAGCCGUGACAAAGACAAGAUCAAAGAGAAGGACAAGAUCAAAGGUGACAAAACGACAACAAAGAGUGAUUCAAAGCAAUUGCUCCGCCCCGAUUCUUCUGGCUCCUUGGAGGAUCGACCUGAGGUGACACAGGCAGUGGAUGGUGGCAAGAAAAAGGAGAAACACUCCAAAGACGUCCCGAAAAGGUCCAAGAGCCACAGUGAACACCGGCAAGUAGACAAACUAAAAACGGAAAACAAAGAAAAGACCAAAGCCGAGCACCCCAUCAAGAAUCUUGCUGACAGUGACAAUUCCCCGAAAAGAGUCAAGCCAGCAGAGAAGGGAAAAGCAACGGGAAAGUCCAAAUCCAGAGAGGAGCCCAAGUCUCACCCGGCAUCAAAGAUGGACAAGAAAACUCACGGGUUGGACAUCCGCGGGGCCUCGGCUGCCGGCAAACCUGAGAAGGAGAACAAGAAAGAGGUAACUGUGAAGGAGCAAAGGAGAAGCACUGAAGAGCCCGAAGUCAGGUGCGCGAAGAAAAAAGUGGACCGGAAAGAGAAGAAAGAGGAAAACCACGAGGAGAAGAAAGCUACCAAAGAAGACAGAGUGGACAAGUCAGACACGGCUCUUUCCGUUGAGGCCGAGGAGGUUUCAAUGCAAGCGGCGCGCCCUGAUCCCGUUGGCAUCUCCUCCUCCCAUGAUACACGUCAACUUUUGAGCGACAUCACACUCGAAAACGAAACGCGAGGUAUGCCCGUCGUGCCUCCAGAGGCCGACGCUCUGCUGACACUUGUGGACGUGUGCACCUCGGCCAUGGACGCCAGGCUGCACGCCGGCGGCGGCGGCGGCCGAGAGCUCAGCCAACUGCAGGUGACGCUUCAGGACGCCGACAUGAAGAUGAAAGAGGCGGCCCUCACGCUGCUCUCCAUGGACCCCGACAGUGCUCUGCCCCCCAGCUUCGUGAGUCGCAGACUGAAGGAGGACGCGGCGGCGCCCGAGGACAAGCAAAACCCACAAGAAGAUCCUUCCGAAUCGUCACCCUUUGCAGAUCAGACUGUGAAGAUUGAUGAUGGCAAAUGGAACAGUGAAGAUAAAUCGGAAAUGGAUGCAGCAAGUGGUCAAACGCCUCUGCUGCCUGCUCUUCAGGAGAACGACGGCAAGCUAGGUGACCUUCCUUCUCAGGAAGAAGAGUCCAAAGCUGGCAAGAGAGCUGCUGACUCACAGCCAGCUGAAAAAGAAGCAGCAGCUGCCGAUGAACAUGGUGCUGAUGGCGGAACAGGAAACACGGAGGGGAAUGCUUCUGUGCCGCCUUGUGAGCUACCUACCGUGGAGCCUGUUUCCAGUCCCCAAGAACAAACACACCCGGAGGGAGUUGAUGCAACGAGCACCGAAACGGAAGACGCAUUAGCCAAGGAGCAGAUUGACGUCAGUGUCGGCAAACAAGAUCUGAAAAAAGAGGAGCAGGAGGAACGUGGUGCCCAAACUGCGGAACUCUGCUCUCCACCCGGAGUUGGCACAGAACCUGAGAGUGGAGCAGAAGUUGCAAAAGAAGAAAGUGAAAGCUCAGACAUCCACGAGCCAGAGAAGAACUCUGAGCUGUCUGAGAAGCAACACAAUGGACGUGGCGGACGUAAACGCAAGCUGUCCAGUCAGAAUGUCGCAGCAGUGAAUGAAUGCACUCAUAAUUCAGGUGAAGGUGAGGGUGCAAAGGAAGCACCAUUUGAGGAAACUGAACAGCCCAAGACUUUAGAGGUGAGAACACCACGCAGGGGACGGUCGUCCAGAGCCAUGGAAGAAGCGGAGGACGAGGAGUCGCUGAAGCAAUUGGACAAGAGGGAGAAGACGCCAAGUCGCAGAGGAAGACGUCCAGCAGCCAAAGGAAACUCUGCUGAUGAACCAGCAAUGAAGAAGAGGAGAAAAUCAGCCAAGUCUGAAGAAACUCAAGUGGGAGACGGGGUGAUCAAGAACACCAGUGAGGAGGAAGCCCUGAAGGACACAACUAAGGAGGCAACCGAGGAAACAAGUGAGGAGCCCACGAUGGACAUAAGUGAUGAGACUGUAAGGAACACAAAUGAGGACGCUGUAAAGAGCCCAAGUGUGGAAACAAUAAAGGACACAAGUGAAGAAACUAUUGCGGACACAAGUGAGGAGUCUAAGGACACAAGCGAAGAGGAUAUGAAGGGCACAAGUGAGGAGGCCAGCCAAGUAACAUCUGCGAAGGCUGCAAAUGAUAAAAGUGAGGACGCUCCUCAUAAUACAAGUGAAGAGACCAUCAAAGGCACCUGUGAGGAGGCUGCAGAGGACACACAUGAGGAGGCCAUUGAGAAUGUUAGCGUAAAGAGCACAAAGAACACAAGUGAUGAUGCAUUGAAGGGCACAAUUGAGGAGGUGAUGGAGGACACACACGAGGAGGCCACAAUGCCUGGAAGUGAAGAGAGCACAAAGAACACAAGUGAGACGGCGGCGAUUACGGAAACAAACGAGGAAGCCAUAUCAGACACCACUGAUGAGUACACAAGUGAAGCGUGCAUCAAGGACACACACGUGGAGUCCACGAAGGAUACAACUUCUUCAUGCAAAGACAACGAGGAGAGCGGCAAUGAGAAGAAACCUGACAGUGUUGACGAGCAACAAGGUUCCACUCCCAAGAAGCCCGCUCGGAGGGGAAGACCUCCCAAGGCCGCGACACCCUCAGAUGACUCAGACAAGAGACAGAGAACGGCAGGUGAAAAGGAGGCGGAGCCGAAUGACGAGGAUGAGGACGGCGCAGAGAAAGACGACAAUGGCGGCAAAGAACCGAAAGGCAGAGCUACGACGCGCUUGGCGUCUCGUCUGGAAGCUGAAAGGAAUAAGCCGAGCAAACCUUCCACGAGGGCCAGUCGACAGAGUGGCAAAGACGAGACUGCAGCUGGUGCGCGUGGGACCAGGGCCCAGGCAACCGUUACCAAGGGGGCACGCAAACUGGAGGCCAGCCCCGCUGCUGUGCGAACGCGAGGGGGGCAGAAGUCCGAGGAGCCGCCGGCAAAACGAGGAAAACGCAGCUGGCACGUAAACAAUUGCACUUAAAUUUUAUCGAGUAACAUUCACUUGUGGUUUCGAUCACGCUCCAUCAUUCCUUUUGUUUAAGUGCAGUUUAAGUAGCGUUAAUUAACAGAGGGCACACAAGCUUGAGAAUUUUGAUAGUCAAAAUAUUCAUUCUAUGAAUGAUCAAAUGUGUUUGUCUUUUACUCCUAUUUGUUUUAUGAUGACAUAAAUACUUUUCUUGUCUUUAAUAUGUCAGAUGGUUAUUACUUUAUGAUAAACAAACUUAAACAAA